ACGCAAAAGACACAGAAGGCACGGCGACGAACAUCGGUUCUGCGACGGUGCAGAAGAUGAAGAGGAGAGCUUAGAGGAUGGUUGGGCCCAAGGCGAUGGUAGUGAAGGCAAAGAGGAUGGUGGUCACGAAAGCAAUGAGAGCGAAGAAGAAGAGUGAGGAUGCAAGUGACGAGGACGGCGAAGAACGAGAAGACAGUUACGAAGGCGGGAACGAAGGAGAUGAGGAUGGGGCGAACGACAACGACGGCAGGAAGAGUAUUCUCGGACCACAAGCCAUCACGACCCUGAGAGAGGAAACGCCUUCGCUGCCCGUUUUGGGUGGUCAAUACGCGAUGGAGGAAGAUGUCAGCGACACUAUCGCAAGUACGAGGAUCGAGAAUGUGAUGCGUGAGACAACGCCAAACACAGGUGGUGCAAUGGAAGGCAACACAUCCAAGUACGACGUGAAGGAAACCACCGUAAGAUUCGUUUCGUUGAUGAGGAGAGUUCGCAAUGACAUAGGAGCGGUAGACGACGAGACUAAAAAUGUUCCGCAUGCAGACAAGGAAUCCGUGGACGACCCAAAUGGGAUGGACAUAGAGGAUAAUCUCCUCUUGGACAUCCCGGAUAAUGCCCCCCAAAAGCUUGCACCGAGUGAUAAUAUAUCAUAUAACAUGAAGGAGAUGAAAGAAGGACCUCACUUUCUGGACACAAAGUGCAAAGAAGAUGACGAGUGGGGGCAUCACAUCAUAUGGCAUCCAGGUCUCUUCGAGCCAUGUGUGAUUGAUGGCGGAUGGCACAUGGCUAUCCGAAUGGGUGGGAAAUGGGUGUUCAGGGAAACAGUCCUCGGGAGCAGGUUUUAUGAGAUUGCGAAGGACAACUUCUUUACCCGUGUGAGGCAGGCGAACAAAGAUGCGCCGAACCAGAGAAUAUCAGACAAUUCCUGCAUGAACAUCACCUUCUCGAGUAUUGCGCUGCGUUCUACGACAAAAAAUCGAGUCCGUCGUAUGGAGGUGUCAUAUGGAACACAAAUAGUUUUUGAGUCAACAAUGGGAGAAAAGAGAGUUGUUGCAGAGGGUGUCAGUGUGGCAGAGCAUGAAAAGGCUCCAAGCACGACAAAUGUGGAGAGUGGGGAGGAGAAUGAGAAUGAAGAGGAGGCGGACAAGAGUCACAGUGUGAUCAACUUGGUGGACCAGUCAGGUGAGAACGAAGAAACAUCCGACAAGGAAGACGUGAAAGAGUCGGGAGAGGAGUCCCAAGAAAGAGAGCGUGAUUUGAGCGAAAUGCAUGAUCAGAAUUGAUCGGUGUGAUCAAUGGUAAUUGAUCAUAGAAAGCUCAAAUCAACGGAUACCCAUCAU